AAAAUUAAAAAAAAAAAGGAAGACUAACAAUGACCGCUUGUUGGGCCUAUUUCUGGAUCCUUUGAGUUGAGUCUCAAGCAGAAAGGGUCUCGACGGAAUGGCCCAAAGAGAAAUACUUAAUUACACAGUAAAAAUAAACCAAAACAAAACAUCUAAACAAAAUAUCCUCACUUCCUCGAAGAGAGGUUUUCGUUGCGGAUCGUCGAUUUGUUUUUCCCUGGGCCAACUGAAAUCGAAAACAGCAGAAGAAGAAGAAAGAGGAGGAAGAGAAGAAACUCUGAAAAGUUUAAGAAAAAUUGGAAAAAAGAAAAGUUUGAAGAGAAACAGAAGAUGAAGACGACAAAAGGAGGCAAAGUAAUGAACCCUACGGACGCCUAUCGUAAGGAGCUCCGAAAGAAAGAACUUAAACGGAACAAGAAGGAAAGAAAGAAGGUGAGAGAGGUGGGGAUUUUGAAGAAGGAUCCGCAUGCAAUAAUGGAGCAGAUUGAGAAGUUAGAAAUGAUGAAGGCUGAAGGUGCUUUAGACAAAGCAAGAAAACACAAGAAGAGACAACUUGAAGACACACUUAACCUUGUCUUAAAGAAGAGGAAGGAAUAUGAAGACAAAAUGAAGGAGAAGGGUGAGGCCCCUGUAAUGUUCAGUCACUUGGGGCCUCCUCGGAGAAGGACAACUGCUGAAGAAGAAGAGAGAGCAAAGCAUCCGAAGCCUGAAGACUCUGUUUACUAUCACCCUACUUUAAAUCCCACAGGGGCUCCACCGCCUGGAAAGCCACCUAUGUAUAAAUCAUCAAUAGGACCUAGAAUUCCUUUGUCUGCUGCAUCAUCGAGUGCCACUGCAUCAUCCUCACCGACAGAGUCAGAAGAUAUUCCUGUAGCUCUAUCACCUCCACCUCCACCUCCUCCACCGCCAUCUCCUUUGCCAGAUACUGUUAAAUUAAACUCAGGGGAUGGCUCUGUUGUGCCUGCAUCUUUGCCUCUCCCACCGCCACCUCCUAUGCCACCCAAACCUGCCAUGGCAAACUUGGGUAUUCCUUUGCCUCCACCUCCUGGCCCCCCACCUAAAGAGCAAUUUGCAGUUCACCCUCCGCUACCUCCACCUCCUCACCUUCCACAGUCUGCGCAGCCUUCUCCACCUGGCACUAGUGGAAAUGAAAGAGAAAAAACUGUAAUGCCAGAUGACUCAACCUCCAAGGAGCUGAAUCAGGUGCCUCCUGUGCUGCCUCCCCCUCCUGGAAUGCCCCCUAAAUUGGCAAUUAACCAGGCUGAAAGUGCUUCAUCAGAAGCUGAUGCCAAUAACCAUCCAGCGAUAAAAGAGGUUCCUAAAAUGGCUCCACCACCUCCUCCUUCCAGGCAACAACCUCCAGUGCCUGGACCUGCCAUGAUCCCAGUUUUACAACCUGAUGUAUUACCCCCUGGAAUAUCGCGUUUCCCUCCACCACCACCUCCAGACAUGCGGGCACCCCUAUCUGCUGGUGGACUUCCUGGUCCAGCUGCUCCUCCUGGAAUGAUGGUCCCACUAAUUCCAAGACCACCUUUGGGCCCUCCCCCGGGACCUCCACCAAUGAUGAGACCGCCACUUCCACCUGGUCCUCCUCCUACUGCAGUGGAUGAUUAUAAUUCUUUAAAUCGAACAUUCUUACCACAGAAGCCAUCAUAUGUUAAAUCUGCUGCAUCUACUGUUGUUAAGCGGCCACUGGCUCAGCACCAGCCAGAACUUACAGCUAUGGUUCCUGCUUCAGUUCGAGUAAGGAGGGAAACUGCUGCCCCAAAAGCAAAACCAAAGCCUUUACUCUCAACCUUGAUGGCAACCACCAAGCCUGUAGCUUCUACCAUUGUGAAGCCAGAAUCAACCAGCUCAUCAUCUGCUCCAAAGGCACCGAGUAUUGAUGACUCGUACACAGCAUUCUUGGAGGAUAUGAAGGCACUUGGUGCACUUGAUAGCUGAUAUUGCUAUAGUUGUUGAGACUUGAGAUGCCAAGGAAAAGUGGUUCCCGUGCAAUCAGAAGGAAGCAUGUACAAGCUAUAUUUUAGGGAUCUGUGGCUUGAGCGAUUUCCUGGAAUCCUGUGUUUCCAUGUUGCCGUAUUUUCAAGGGAUCACUUUUCAUACCGUAAUGCCACAUUUCUCUAUUGGCAAACUUUUUAAACCAUCUCAGUUCAUGAGAUUGUGCAAUUCAGGGCAAUUUUCCUCCAGUGAAUGAAAAAAAAAUCUGCUCCGAGAAAAAUAGCAAUUUUACCUGCUUUUUGCGUUUGGAAAUUGUAUUUUUCGACUAUUUACCCCCUUCUGAUUCUGGGCGCAUACUGAUUGUAUGUGUAUUAUUGAUUCACCGUUGCCCUGUUAAACUGACAAACUAUACUUGAUAAAUAAACAGUUUAGCAGACUUCUCUCUUUUUUA